AGCCAUAACAUCGAAAUCCAGACUUGUUUUCGUAACAACAAAGCAAAUUUAAGAGUCUUAAUGAACCGCGCACUGGGGCAAUGGAGCGGAAAGUUUUUAUCGCCUACGUCUUUACUCACCUCACUACGAAUGGUAAUCUGCCUCGCUAAGGAAAAGCGCCGCGUGGAAAUUAGGACGUUGGCAAGUUUUUUCUGAUACAGUAAAGAAAUUGGGAUUUUUCCGCCUUGAAUUUGUCAUUAAUUUUUUUGUGAACUUCAACACGGUGCACCUGAGCUGAGAACAUUGAAGAAAAGUAUUCGCAUCUUAAGUUCUCAAGCAUUAAUCGUUUAAAGCGGUGGAUUUGGCAACAUUUUAAAGCCCAUUCUGUGUUUUUCCUAAGCACAGCAGUAACAUUUUGCAUUGAUUCGCGCGUACUGCACUGCUGUAAGAAAGAGCCGCGCGCGUGGAUCAAAAAUAAAGAUUCAGCGGAAAACUUACAGCUUUCAAGUGGCGAAAUAUAAAAUGGUCUUCCGUUUGAACUGACUUUAUUUACGUCGUGGAGCCUCCAUCAAUAUCCGCUGGUCUCCUGACCCCUAGGUCGCGAUAAGAUGAAACAAAUCCUGUGUGUCCUAACCCUCAACAUUCUUUCCGCACUUCUGGUACACGGAGGUCAGCAAUGCAAUACAAUCUGUAACCUCCCAGAGGACACACUUUGUUACGACCCGAAACUCGAGAUCGUCCACCUCUACGAGGACCAAUGGCCGACCGAUAUCGCAAUCACCCCCUGCGGCCGGAAAUUCUCUUGCUACCCUAGCGGCAUCGACGCCAAGAACACCAACAACGGAUGCAACGGCAAAUACGCGGUCGCCGAACUGAAGAAAUGCGGAGAGGUCCCCUACCCCAACUACUGCAUCAACAACCCACCGAAUGGCGCCAUCAACUAUUGCACCAGCCCUCCCGUCACCUACGGCUACCCGGAUUACUUCCUCAGCGUGCAAGCACUUCUUUACGACUGCGCCUAUGGGCUAUUCUGUCUGGACGCCGCCCGGGCCAGGGACGACAAACAGAUCAUCUACGAGGCAUCCAAGGGCGGGACGAAGGUCGUUUUGGUCGACACGUGUAGUGACUGCGUCGUCCGGACGUACUGCUUCCCGGUUGACGUCGCAACGCCGACGUCGUACUUCAUCAACAUGGCCGUGGACAACGUGAAAGGUGUCAUGUACAUCGCCGAUGCGCCAGGUUACUCGAUCGUCGCCCUGGAUCUGUGCACUGGGAAAUCCUUCAUCGCUUUCCAGGGAGACCCAACGCUGAUGUGGAUUCAAGGCGGGUUGGAUUGGAUCUGGGGUCAGCCGUCGUACAGCACGGGGACGAUUUUGAACUGUGAUGGAAACGAGUCUAACUGUGAGAUCCAAAUAGGGUCCAUCCCGUUUGGGGUCUCGACACUGUCCCUUUCGUGUGACAGGAAGAGGCUCUACUACAGCCAGCUUGGGGGUCGCACGCUGUGGUCCGUGGAUACGAAGGCGCUGUUGGCGGCGGAUGGGGUCGCUGAUACGAUCGUAAACCACGGCGAGAAGGGAGUGACCCUGGGGUUGAUAACCGAUGUGCAAGGGCUCAUCUGGUCCGGGAACGCGGAGAACGAUGCGAUCGUGUACUACAAUCCCUGUUGCGCCUUCGCGAAGACGUAUCUGUACAUACGGGACCCGAGGUUGAGCUGGGUGCACGGGUUCAGCGAGGCGGGAGACGGGUACAUGUACUGUCUUGCCAACUACAUCAACGGUAUCAACCUGGUCUACCCGGGGACGGGGCCUAUUUACGCCGACAGACGGAAGAAACCGUAUGUUUUGUUUAGGUAUAAGCUGCCAUGCGAUUGUCUCUGUCCGAAUUUCAGUACGGAGCCAACUCUGGGGAAGCAAGUCUCUUGCGAGUGAGUUGCAGUUGAGUAAGCCGUGAAACGAUCUUUUCAAAAUUGAGAUUUCUUGAAAAUUCGACUGAUUUAAUGUUAAUGAGCUUUAUGCAGAUUUAGAUAAAGCAACACAAGUUGUCUUAUUGGUAAAAAAAAAAGUGAGAUAUGAGAUAGAAGUGAGAGGGCGCAAAAAUCGGCGUCAUUUUGAGACAAAACAGCAGCGUGUUCACACUAUACCACAAAGAAGCUGUGAUUACUGCUUCCUUGAGUAAAAUGGUACCAUUUUCUGCAAAUUUUUGCCCUGAAAAUGUGUUUGUUGUGUAUGAA